AUGAAACUUUCGGCACUUUUCGAAAAUUGUAGAGAGGACGACAUGUCAGCUAAUUUGAGAGGCGAAGAAAUAGCCCUAGCAAGUAAAAUGCUCGUGAGACAACAUCAAUUGACGAAUCUUACUCCUGAUGUCGUCAGAAUGCUUCACCAUUUGAACCUCUACAAUGACGAGUUUGGAAUAUGGCGAUGUAGGGGCCGCCUAGGUAACAGCGCUCUUGGAGAUGAUGCGAAGUUUCCCAUGCUUAUUUUGCAAAAAUCUUGGCUAUCAAAGUUGAUUAUCAACGACUAUCAUAGCAAAGGUCACCCUACUAUAAAUCAUACGAUGGCACUCAUCCGGCAGCACUACUGGAUCCCCAAGCUACGAUCGCAAGUUACGGUAGUUAUUCGCCGCUGUGUUCAGUGCCAAAGGUUCAACAACCUACCAUUCAAAUACCCGGAGCAGAGCGACUUGCCUUCGAGACGAGUGCUACGAUCACGUCCAAUUGAUCAUGUCGGACUGGAUUAUUUCGGACCACUAACCAUCAAAAGAGAAGAUGGAUCCACGGGAAAAUGUUACGGCUGCAUUAUCACCUGCCUCACAACACGCCUACUCCAUCUGGAUGUCGCUUCAGAUCUCUCCACCUACGCUUUCAUCCAGAUGCUUCGGAGGUUCUUUGCAAGAAGGGGAACACCGUCAACCAUAACUAGUGACAACGCACCGACUUUUACGCUGGGUGAUUCUGUUCUGCAAGAUUGUAUAAAGAAGGUUCAGAACGACCCGAAGAUCGCGAAAAUGGUAAGCAACAAUGAAAUUCGCUGGAAAUACAUAACUCCUUUCGCACCUUGGCAAGGAGGCGUUUAUGAGCGCUUGAUAAGAUCAGUUAAACUAGCUCUCUUUAAGUUUCAAGGGAGGUCAGUUCCAUCUCACGAAGAACUCCUUACUGUCCUUACGGAAAUACAAGCUAUGCUCAACACCAGACCGCUAGUUUAUACCGAGUCAGGACCGCGAGAAAAUAGCACCCUGCGACCGAUCGAUUUUUUACAAAACAACUUCGAAGUUCCGCUUUACUCCAAUUCGAGUUCAGAACCCAGUGAAGAUCCGGCUUACCUAUCUGCAAAAGAACGCAUAACAUUACAGUCGAAAGCGCAAGUGAUUGAAGCUUUGAAAAGUUCGUGUGAGAUGCCAGAAAAAUUCUGGCAAACAUGGCAGACAGAGUACUUGACUUCGCUACGGGAACGACACCAACGAGAAGUUGGGAAACAACGAGGAAGUAGCUAUGUCCCAAAAUUAGGCAAAGUAGUCCUUAUCAGCGACGCACUGCAACCUCGGCACAGCUGGAAAAUGGGACGUAUCGAAACCCUCGUUUCAAACCCUGAGGGAAUAGUAAGAGAAGCAGUCGUUCUCCUCCCAUCUCAUCGUAAAAUUCGAAGGCCUUUGAACCUGCUGGUCCCCUUAGAAAUCGACGAGGAUUUUCAAAACGAAGUGAACACGGGAAAAGGCCCUGACGAUGUAGAAACGUCGGAAAUGAGAUCUAAAAGCAAAGACAACCAUACCGAAGAAAUGGGCUCACGAUACAAUCUCCGCUCAAAACAACGCGUGAACUAUGCAGAAAACUUUGUAGGCAUAGCACGAGUUAGACCGCAUCUCACUAUAGCCUUAGCACUAAGUAUAUUUACCAUCUUAUCUGCGGCAGUUCCUGACGGAAGACCCACCCUCACAGGCGAAACUUCCGCAAAUUUUGUAAGAAGUCCUACACUUGGUAUAGAAGUUCCUCAUUCGAUCGAGACUGUAAGAGAAACUAAGCUGGAACUAAGUAUCCCUCGAAAAUUUGGAGGUAUCCGCGUUUUCUCUCAUGUUACUCACCAGGGUCGUCACGAAAGAAAUAACUGGAAACAUGGUAAUAACUGCAUGAUAUCAACGAUUGAAGGUGUGAGCAUACGCGUUAAUAAAAGAGCAAUCAACAUAAUUUCUAUGGUGCCCAGCUUGAGCUUCUUUAAAUUACAAAUUUUCGGGCACGUCACUACACCUCGAAACUUUUCUGAUCCAUUUUCCUUUUGCAAGAAAAUUUGUCGAGAAGUCAAAACUAUCAAAUUUAAGACAGAUAGCAAAAUUCUAAUUAAAACGAGUCAAAAGCCCACAACUCGCACUCUACCACUUUUCAGGCUCGCGAGUGAGGAAGAAGAAGGAGACAUCAAACUUCUGAUCGAUCUUACAAGAAAACGAGUUCAGGAUCAAAAGCAAAUUCGGACGGAAAUCGACAUGGCAGCGAUAUCGCUUCAACGCCAGAAGAAGAUUGCAACCACGCUGGUGACGCAGUGGAAUCAUCACAAGAACGAGGAUUCAUUCAUCAGCGCUUCGGCUGCAGAACAGAUGCGUCUUACAUCCCAACUACUACGCCAGGCCGAGGUGACGAAGGAAAGAAUCCUUCGCAUGGGAACCCGCUACCUCAUCAUGGAUUUAUGGCACGAGGAUAUGACAGAAUGGGGAGACGUUUCUGGUUAUCAGCGGCAAGUCUGGCUCAAACGUGAGCGCGAUUACGCUUUUGGAUCGAGAGCCAUCAUCGAGUUGAUUAAGAACCAGUGUGAAAUCCUGAACAUCGCGAUUGAAGACAUGAAGGCAAUGUUGCAACGUCAGGAAAAGGAACUGACGGAAUCAGAUCGUCUCACGAGUUUCCAUGUACAGGGAAUCCUUAAGAAGGAAAUUGAGUCGUUGCAAGAGCAUCUCAACCACCGCUCGGAUGUAGACGUGCUAACGAAGAAAGUCGAGUCCCAAAGCUUGGAGAUUGCUUCCAUCAAGUCGAGCUUGAGGACCGUGGAAGUGGUCACUGCACCGACGCCCAUCGAGCAGAAUGAGAAGUCCAAUCAAGAGGUCAAACUUGUGGAACUUGUCGAACCGGAGGUGCGUGAAGUUGAAGAAAGGGAAAACUAUGAAGAUUUAGAGCUCGUCGAAGAAGAUGAUGAUGAUGAUGAUGAGAACCACUUCAAAAGGAUGGUGAACGAAGUCACGGAUGAAAAUGUGACUGGAGGAAAUUGGUCCAAGGACGAUGAACCGGCAUCUAAAAGCAGAAGAGUCGAGUAUUACGAGCCGUUGAUCAACAGUCGCAUUCGAAUCGUGCAGGCAAAAUUGCGAAGAAUGGAAGAAAAAGUCAAGUGUUAUCCAUAUCGAGAUAGGCGAGACGAGUCUUUAGGAAUUCCUCUUGACAGGAAUUGUGUGUUUUGUGAUGCCAUUGGCAUCCAUUUUUCCGAUGCCUGCCCUCAAUUUCGUGAUGGAAGAACGCGUUACGAGAUCAUCAUUCAGAAAAAAUGGUGCAUUCACUGCCUCGAGGGUCCGGAGAGGCACCGCUACGGAUAUCGCUUCAGGAAGUGUUGGUAUUGCCAGAGAAUCAAAGGCACAGUGUUCGAAGAUUUGUGCCCGAACGAUAACGGAUACCACCAUCGAGCAGUCUGUGAUGUUCCCGACAUGAAGCCCAUUGCUCAGUCGCGCAUUGAGGACACCCAAAGGGAGUUGUUUCGACUAAGGAACAAGAUGUCAGGAUCUCAUGGAGGAGACCAUGCUGAGCCCGGAGUGACGACAACGUCAAGAUCAACGAGGUAUCGAUGA